GGCUGGUGGGAGGAAGCUGUGUACUAUAUGUGCUAGUGGGAUUGUUGUCUUCUAGUCUAGUCCUUUGCUGCUUGAGUGUCCCUUUUUUUACCUCUUGCCUGAAAAAAUAAAAAAAAUGUUCUGAGUGAAAAAGAAAAAUAAAGAAUGAAAGACAAAAGGAAAAAGAAGGACCGCACUUGGGCUGAGGCGGCCCGUUUGGUCUUGGAAAAACAUCCUAACACGCCAAUGACACCAAAGCAGAUAUUACAAGUCAUUCAGAAAGAGGGAUUGAAAGAAAUGAGAAGUGGAACGUCUCCUCUGGCUUGCCUUAACGCCAUGCUACAUACCAAUGCUCGUGUGGAAGAUGGAGCUUUCUGUCGAAUUCCAGGAAAGAUGGGUCUUUAUGCUCUUAAAAAAAAUGAAUUGGUAAUGUCAGCAGAGGGGGUCAUUGAUUUGGAGGGCGAAUCAGAUUUAGACAGCUGUGAAAUGGCUGAGACAAACAACAGUAAUGGAGAGGAAAAUGGAGUGUGUCCAGACCCCAAACUUAUGCCCGAUGACAAUUCUUCUCCAACUAGCACAAGUGUUUCAACUACAGUCACGCAAAACAAAGUCUUGUCUUCUACUCAACAACAUACUAAAAAAGCACUGAAACAGGCACUGAAGCAGCAACAAAAGCGGAGGAUUGGCGUUUCGAUGAUGAUGAACAAGGCCAUACCUUGUGUCGUAUUGACACCAUUGAAAGUGCCAGAUGAGCACUCAGAAUCACCAGCAGGGUCUGAAUCAAGCAAUAUGGAACUGAAUGGUUCCGAUAAAGAAUUAAAAGAAGGUCCAAGAUUCUCACCAAGUCUCAUUAAAACAACAGAUCCGCAUCUGAAAAGACUCAAAAGAUCUAGCUCAGGGCAAUUAAAACGGACAAGAGGAGAGGAAAUUGAUGUUGAGACCCCAGGAUCUAUCCUAGUAAACACCAACCUGCGAGCUCUAAUAAACAAGCACACAUUUGCCUCUCUACCACAUCACUUUCAACAACAGCUCCUGAUUUUACUACCGGAGGUAGAUAGGCAGGUUGGGUGUGAUGGGGUUUCUCGCCUCAGUGCUUCAGCCCUGAAUAAUGAAUUCUUUGCUUACGCAGCACAAGGUUGGAAGGAACGAUUAGCAGAAGGUGAAUUUACUCCAGAAAUGCAGUUACGGAUUCGACAAGAAAUUGAAAAGGAGAAAAAGAUAGAACAAUGGAAAGAAACAUUCUUUGAACAAUAUUAUGGAGAAAAGAUGGGUGUAACACAAGAAGAAGCUAUGAAGCAGGAAUUAGUAAAAGAGUCUUUUGAAAACCAAGUUAGCUGUUUAUUGUCAGCACCACACAUCCUAUCAGGGCCCUGCGAGAUCACAUCUGGAAUUGAGCAUGAAAGCAAAGAAAGUGUUGUGCCUUAUACAGAUCUAAAGCAAACACAAUGCAAUGUACAGCAAAUCCCGGCCAAAGAACCAUCCAAAACUGCUAAAGAGGAGGAUAUACUAAUAUCCUUAUGUUCAGACAUUACCUCAAAUGAAUCUGUUAUUCAGGAAGAAAUAGCAGAAGAAGUUGAACUAAAUAUUUGUGGAAGCUUUGGUGAAAAUAGAUCUCCAGAGUCCAGUGCCUGUGACUUUGAACAGUCUUGCUUGCUUAGCCUUGAUAAGUUGGAACAAGAAAUGCCAGCAGAAGACUUGAAGCCUGUUUCUAUUACACAAAGUAUCAAUGAAUUUGAGUCUCAAUCUGAACCCACUGGUGAUUUACAGGUGCCUUCUUCUGGGAUAAUUAGCAUUUCUUUACAACACAUUACUUCCACUUCUACACCAUCUCAACUUUCUGGUUCUUUUAAUGAAUCUAACAGUGACUUACGUGAACUGGCACUGAACGCAAGUAAUGAGGAGAGUACCCUGGAACAAUGUAGUGCUCCUGUGUGCUUACAAUCCUCAUCUUAUUGUGAUGAGCUUGAGGCUGUUAUCAAUAUGACCACUUCACCAGAGAGAAAUAUACAAUGCACAUCUCAACAACAACAUACCUCUGCAUAUUCUGAAACCCCUGUACUGACUGAGUGUUCUGAAACUGAGAGCAAAGAGCCUGAAAAUGAACCAAGGACAUUUCAAUCCAUCUCUCAGUCACCUACACGAACGUCAACACCCUCAGACUUUUCAACAUCAUCUUCAGCAGAUGGAAGAAAUAACAACAAAGAUGUUGAGCUACAAAAGAGAAAACCCAUGGAACAGCACAGUCUGGAGAUCUGUCAGGAGAAAAGGCCUAGAAUUGAAAAUGAUCAGCCCUUACAGACUCUGCCCAGCAGAGCACAAAAUGAAAAAGAGAUCCCCACAAAAGAAGAGCCAAAGGUCCCACCUAUCAAGAUUCACUUAUCAAGAAUCAAACUUCCUUUUGUCAUCAAGAGCCAGCCAUCUUACCAGAUUUGUCCAAAGACAUCCUCCAGUGUUGUACUAGGUGGAGGAAGAAAUACAGGUGCAAGGACCCUUGCAGAUAUCAAGGCCAGAGCACAGCAGGCUAGAGCACAGAGAGAGGCAGCUGCAGCAGCAACAGCUGGUACAGCAGGAAAUGGAGGAACCAGUAAUACAGGAUCAAGUGGAAUACAGACCAGAACAUUGGCAGAUAUUAAAGCACAAACAAAGGCAAAGUUACUGGCAAAGCAUCUUGCAAGAACACAGUUACUGCAUUCAGAUGAACAGCCCUCUUGUAAACAAGACAGGAUUGCAGAGGGGGAUAUGCAGGAUACCAACUUUUCAAAGAGUGAGGAGAUGGUUAAAGCAGAGCAUAUCCCUUCCAUAAAUACAUUUAUAACAUGCUGUACUGAAAACACCCCUGUUCUAAAAGUAAAUGACAGUGUCACAAAUAAUGCUAUGUCUUACUCUCCUGAUAAUGCUGCAGUGGCAAACCCUGCUGUCAGUAGUACAUUAUCCAGCUGUGUCAGUAAUGCUACAGUUCUACACUGCACUGACAGUAUUGCAGUGCCAAGCACUGCUCGUCUUGCUCUGACCACCUUUACUGAUAAUAUCACUGUACCCAACUCUAGAGUUGAGGAACAGUAUCCUCACAAUAUUAUUGAACAGAAAUACACUAACAACAUAGGCAUGCAAGGAUGUGUUGAUAAUUGUGCUACAUCAAGUUGUGCUAACAAGAAUUCCAUAUCAAGUAGUGCUGCUAAUAACACACUGCCAAGUUGUACUAAUGAAAUUAUUGUCCCAAGUACUAAUAAUGUUAGUAAUAACAUAGUCUCUCCAUAUUCUGUUGGCAUUGUUUCCAAAGCUCACACUGAACAUACAUCCAUACAAUGUUCACCUGAAGUCAUUGUUUUGUCUGGGUAUUGCAUCAGGGCAAGUUCUCCUAAUAAAAGCUCAACUCCAAGCUCUAGUGAUGAUAUGACCAUUCUCAACAGUAACGAAAAUGAAGUUCAUAACUGUCAUGAUUCUUUUGGGUGUCAGUCUGUUGCUAACACCACAUUGUGCACCUCUGUUACCAGGACAGGCAUUUCAAGUUUCAAUAAUAGUUUGAAUUUUAUGAGUGAUAUCAAUAUGCCAACCAACUUCAGUGCUGAAACUAUCCCAAAUUCUACAAACCUGUCACUAGAUCUGAAAUCUACUUCAGUACUCGAGGAAAACAAUAAUAGCAUUACAAAUGCUGAGCUUUUGAACUCUUUGAAACCUCUUAUCAUUACAGAAAGACCCACUAAUCCUGAUAUCGGUUGCAGUGAAACUAAUUCACAAACCAUGCUUAGAAACUACUUUUCAAAUUUCAGUAUAGAUUCCCAGGUUGAAAUGAUUAAAACUGAAAAUGCCUUGAACAAUAAAAUACAUUCUCAGGAAUUUGUCAGUAACUGGCCUGAAUCAAACUGUGAUAAUCAAUUACAAAAUAACAGCAGAAGCAAUUACUGUCAGGUCUUAACAGACCAAGAGAAAGGUAGACCUCUGCUACCAUCUGAAGAUUCACAUGGAACAACAUUCCAACCUGAAAAAACAGACACUAAUGGUCUACAGUUUGAACUUAGUGAUCUGCAUCAUCAAACUUUUACAAUUAAAAACUCAACAGAUUUAGAAGGAAUGGUUAGAAAAAACCAGCAGCAAAAUACCUCAAGCCAAAGUAAAUCCAGUCAUCUUGUUAGUGAGGAAAAACAAAGUGUGAAUGAACUAAUGAGUAAUGUUAAUGAAAGACACAGUUUGAAUACCCAUAAAGAAUUUGAUAAUGGUACAGUAAAGAAUGACAAAUUGUACACUUUUACAAAUCCUGAAGAAACCACGUGUACCAAAAAAAGAACAUCGGAGUCACUUAGCAUUCGUGCUGAGGCCAAAGCUGAUCAGUCUAGGCUUGAGGAACAAUAUUUGGCCUCUGAAACUAAACUGGGAGAAUAUCCGGAAAAGUGUAAUGCUGUAGAAAAUCACCAUCAAAUCAAUCCAAUGAUAGACAAUUUGCAAGGAAAAGGUUCUAAAGCACCUUUAGGCACAAACCAGUCUCAGACCUUCACAUUAGCAGCUAUUGAAAACCAAGAAAGAACUUCUGUUCCUGGAAGCAAUAAUCGCCAUCUUUCAUCAGUCGAAGCCAAUAACCCUCUUGUGACACAGUUGCUGCAAGGGAAUUUGCCAUUGGAGAAAGUACUGCCUCAGCUUAGAUCAGGUGCCAGGCUUGAAAUUAAUAGACUUCCACUGCCUUCUCAAGGGUGUGCUGAAUCCAAAGUGACUACAGCAGAUCGAGAUGUCACCAUUAAUAUUCCUAACUCUCCUCAGGCCUCAACGGGACAUACGUGGGGUACAGUGUGGCAAAUUCAAUGCAAAACCCGUGAUAUGCAUAUAAGCAAGAGACAGGCUAAGUCAGUGGGAGAACAGUCACAAAGUAGGUUUAAUCAAGCAAAGCAGUUCACUGCUGUAGGAGUAAAAAUGUGGGCCGAGGAUCAAUCAGGGGAACAGCAGACGUUAUUUAAACAGGAAUGGAUCAACAAAACGUUUAUUCAGCACAAAGUCACUCAAAGCUCAGUAUUUAAAGAGUGCAAGAGAACUGUGCCUUCAUGCAGUUUUGAGCAGAACUUGUUGACCAGUAAUAACAACAGCAGCAACUUGAAUGUUGCAGACCCUGUGUCACAGAGACAGCAUGCUCACCAAAAAGCUGUUAUUUUGCAAGGAUUGACUGAUUCUGAAACCUCACUGCAAGCUUACCUACCAACCACACUGACCUAUGCCACUCCAAAUGCAUUAACAUUCAACCAAGCUCUGGAGAGAAGCAGCCCAGCAUUUAACUCCAUGACACAAGUCAAUUCAUCAACAGACACAGAUGAGGAAACCACAGAUGCUAUUUUCUCAAAUAGUGUUAAAAAUAAGCAAACUGAUAGCAGCUGCAGAGCAAAACAAAGUGUCCAGAAUAAAUCUGUAAAACAUCUUGUGACUCUAAGCGAACGUAACACACCACCUAAUCAAAACCUAGGAUCUAUUACUAUGGAAACCAAUAAAAGACCAAGUUUGCUUUCUACAACUGACACCUGUCGUGCAAUUAAAAUGGAACAGUUUUGUAUUGAGGGCCUAAACAAUGGCUGUACAGUGGAUGUCAAAGAUAUUUCAAGUCAAUAUCAUGAAAAAAAAGAGCACCUAAAGGAUUUUAGACCAACAAUGGACGUAUUUUUAGGCAAAAUAGUAAAUGAAUCUGACUUUUCUUCUCCUUUGCCCUCGGGGUCUGGUAAACCAGCUUCACAGGUUGCUACUUCAAAACUUUUGCACCAACAGCAACUCUAUGGCAAUUAUUCUACAUUACAUUUCAGUGGAACUAAUUUAAAACAAGCUGCUUCUGUUAUUGAACAGUCCAUUGGUAGUUUCUUGGGAAGCAGUGGAAAUAGCACUAUUACUUUGUCUAAUCAGAACACUCCCAUUCCAACUCAUAGAUUUUCUGAUAAUGGUGGUGAAGAACUAGAAUUGAAGUGCUCUUGUAGGCUUAAAGCCAUGAUUAUGUGUAAAGGAUGUGGAGCCUUCUGUCACGAUGACUGCAUAGGGCCUUCAAAAUUAUGUGUAGCCUGCUUAGUAGUACGAUAGUGAAUGUAUAAUCAAAAGGAUUAUUUCUACCCAAUGUAUAGCACAGGAGUAGCAAGGUUUUGACUGUAUGUGAUCAUGCAAAGGAAUCAUAAAGAGUAUCUUGUUAAUCCUUGGAGAAGUCCAUUGAGCUUUAUAAAGCUUCAAGAAUAUAAUGUUAUUCCAAUAAUGCUCUGGAUUAAUAAGGAUAACAUAGUUCCCUGCAUUCACUAAAUUCUAAUUCUGGAUGAGUUAGCAAUAGUUGUAGAUGUUUAUAAAUAAUUACUGUUUGUUGGUAUGCCAAUUCAGCCCUCAGUGAAUUGGUAUGGAGAGAGAGCUGCACUGGCAAUCUCAUGCAGUAUAAAAAGAGUGGGGCAAUAUUCCUGCCUUGCUGGCAACAGGAAUAUCAUUAGGGUUAUUGGCAGCAUUGUGAGAGCAAGUGGUCAGUCUUUCUCAGUCAGAUGGCAAAUGAACUUGUAAGUGAGCAACCCAAAAACACACAGGUUAAAAAAAGGGAAAUCUUUUAUUCUGGUGUGAUAUAAUAAUAAAUAUGUUACUUUGAAAGGGUGUUCUGUUUUUAUAGGAUUAAAAAUCCUUUUGGAUACUGAAAUGCUUUGCAAAUAGCUUCUUGAGAGAUUUUUAUUAUUUGCAGAUGCAUUUUUUUACUUUCUUUGGAGGAUUUCAGAGAAUCCUAUAAGAAAAGUUCAACAUUCUACAGGGUUUGUCUUUGCAAAGGUCUAUUACACACUUAUGUUAAUUAUGUGCCAUAAUACUUGAAUGCACAAAUUUGCAUACUCCAUAUCUGAAAUACUAAAGCCAGCUGUGUUUUUAAAUACAGAAAACAUAAAAGCUGUAUAAAAGGAAAGCUUGGUUAAAUCUUAGCACUAUUUUUUAAGUUUUAUAACAGUAGGUUUUAUAGUCUUGAAAUGAAUUCUGCACCAGGAUCCUGAAAGUUAGCACAUCUGAGAUUGAAAGACAGUGUGCAUUAGUUUAAGUGUAUUUUUGUGUAGUUUUGUCAUUAAAAUAGGUAUAUUACUUUCUCUGACUCUUCAUCAGUGUGAGGAAUUUUUAACCUUUUAAAAGCACUGAGAAUUUACACAAGCUGCUUCUGGGGCUAGUUUAACCCCAAAUUGUAUCAUGAUACUGUAAUGAUCCUGGCAAUGUUAUAUAAAACAGGGAAUGAUAUUGUUGCAGUUGAUCAAUAUUACAACCAAAUGAGUGUAAGUUCCUUGUAAAACUUGUUUGAUUAAUUAGAUCAUUCAAGUAUUACACAUAAAAAAGCUUUUUUUUAAAUUGUAGAAAUAGAUGAAAAUAAGUACAUUAUUUUUCAGAGAAAUAUAGUAGCCUGCAUUUAUUUAACAUAGUGUUACUAUUAAUGUUGCUCAUCCAUAUUUGUUACCUUUUUGUUACUUUUAUCAUGCGAUAGCACUUUGUAAGAGUAUGCAGCAAACUCAACAAAUGUAGAAUUGAUUGAACUUGUUUUUUUUGUGAUUUUUUUUGUUAAUGGAAUAUGGUCUGAUCAUGCAAAUGUUUUGGUCUUUUUAAACCAAUCUAUGCAUUGCACAAAAACACAAGGAUCUCACAGGAAGUUGGUGCUGCUAAACUGGGUUACUAGGUGUUUAUAGACCACUGUAAGCUUGAAGCCCAAGAAAUUACCAGUGAUGGGCAUUAUAUGUAAUGUCAAGAAUCUUUAAAAUCAUGAAACUGUAUUUGCUGCUACCACAAACUAUUUUAACUGCAUUAAUCUUUAACUACUAGUCAUUUCCAAAAGUUUGUUUUCUCACCCUCCUCCUCAGAAUUUAAAUAAUUCAUAACUCAUGGAAUCGCUCAUAAUUUCAUAACAAUUGUCCAAUAUUCAUUUGUUAACAUGGACAAUGAGUACUAGUAUUGAAUGUGGAGUCACAAGAAUGCCUUCUGUGAUCUUAUCCGAUAAUCCACACAUGUACAGAUGGAUGCAAUUGCUGUUGGACUCAACCAUAGUCCGUGACAAACCUGCUGUGACCGUUUUCAAGAGCCCCCCCAUGAUUAAAACUGAUUACCCACCAAAUGGUUAAGUGUUUGUGUUUCUGGGCACAGCAAGAUCACUCCCUCCAAAUGCUACCAGCCAAUCAGAGGCUAUAGACCUCUAGGCCAGUCAGGCAGGUCUGGAGGAAGGAAAUCAGUUAAAAGAAGGAAGGCCUAUUCACAGAAGUGCAAGCAGACAGCAGCAAAGAGCCCAUGUUCUCAUCCUAGAACUCCAGUUUAGUAGUCUAAUAACAUGCCCCCUUAUCUGCUAUUCUGUAUAAUGCCACUUGAGAGGAUACUGAUCUGGGAUGAGGUUUAGCACCUUCUUGAUCCGUAUAUCAGCACUUAUCAGCAAAUCAAGAGUUCUAUAAUUUACUAACUCCGUUGUCUUGUUUUUACUACAAGUUUAACAAAUUUAAACUGAGUAUGGAAUUUUGAUCAGAAAGCAAACCAAUUUUUAUACCUAGACUCAGGUAGAGUAAGUAAAAUUGAUCCAGUAACUUAAUGCAUCCCAAUCAAAUGACAGGAAUCACUAUUGUAACAUAGUUUAACAUGUAAAAUGCAUUUAGGGAGGAAAUGCCUGAAAAAGUGUAUUUUUUGACAUACAUUUUUGACGACCCACUGCAUACCCAAGAAAUAAUGUGCAGCAGAUAGUUGUCACCUGAAGCUCACCUGGAUACUAUUUGUUUGCAUGUAUCCUGCUAGCAAUGGUAUCUGUUCCCCCUGAUCAAGAGUAAAAGCUGCUGCAGGACCUUGCAAAUAGAAAGAACCGAAUAAAUUAACAAACAUCUCAGUACUUUGCCAAUGUUGAUGAAUGCUACAUUGUCUUAAAACCCUCCAAUGCAAUAUGCUUAGAGUAUAGAAACAGUUUUGCUGGAUUUAACUUAAAUAAUCUAAAGCCUGGUAAAUGUCCAUGGCAAUUGAAGUAGUUUUGCAAGCUAUUCUAUCUCUGUUUCUCAUGAUCAGAUUUAAUGCAUGAGUUUGUAUUCAUCAUUGCCUGAGAGAUUGCAUGUAUGAAUGAUUACCUAGUUGACUAAAUAGUUACCAGAACAUAAUUAUUGGGUCCAUUGUGUUAGAUUCGUAAAACCAGAUCGAUUUGUUCCCUCAAAUGCCUUUAGUAAAAGAUCAUCAAUUAUCCUCAGGGCUCUGUCUCUUGUAUAAAGAAAACAAAAGGCACUAUAAAAUGGGUAUUAAUGGGGAUUUGUUUAUGUUGUUUUCUUGUUUUGGUGUGAAAAAGCCAUGGUUAAGUUUUUAGCAAUGUAUUUUACUUAACUUUCAUAAAUGUUUAUUGAAUAUGAUUUCAAGAGUAUUUGUAAAACUCUGAACCAUAAACAUGACAGUAAGCAUUGGUUGCUAACAAUUAUGAAUAUUAUUAGACUUAUACAAAUGCAGAACCAGUUAACACAGCAGUCAGCAUUAAUAUAACAAGAAUUGAUUAUUGUGUAUGUUAAAAUGUAUUUUUAAAUUUUCAAUAUGAGCCAUUUCAAAUUAUUUUAGAGUAAAAUUCCAUUUGGUUUUCAAGUCGUUGUUGCCCAUUGCUAUUGCUAGACCUACUUCACAUUUCUUCCCUCUAUCAGUUUUGUUAUUUUGCUUAAUUCAAAUUAUUAGACAAUUCAAACAAUUUUAGUGCAAAAGUGGCUGAAUUAGAAUUUAGUAGAAUUCCCUCCAGUUUGGAAAAAGGCCAUUUGGCCCAAUGAGUCCAUACCAACCCUCUGAAGAGCAUCCCACCAAGACCCAUCCCUCAACC